AAAAGUAUAUCCAUGUUGAUACAUUUUUCUACUCUAUAUAAGAUGCUUUUGUGUCCUUUCAACUCCUCAAGCUGAGCACUUUUUUACAUGAUGUGUUCUUAUUCUUCUUCUUUUGAUAAUAAUAAUGAUAAUAAUAAUAACAAUUUUCUGGUGACUCAUCUCUUGAAGGUCCACUUUGCCAUCCUUCUUUCUCACCAUAUCAUCUUCUUCUCAGUCUUCCUUUUCUUCUCACAUCUCCUCCUUAAAAUCAUAUCUUUUCUAACACCUCUUCUUAUUUCCACGACACUUUUACUCAUUUUCCAUUUUUUCCUCUCUCCAUUUGUUGGUGAUGAUGAAGGUGAUAGCCUUUUUCAUGUUGAGGGCUUUGAAUUAUACAUAAUUUGUUUGUUCGAGGAAAUCUUGGGAGAAAAAACAAUGGAGGGAGGGUUCAUAAAAGGAGGACAGGAGUUUGAAAGUAGCAUGGCAGCAUUUGGGUGUAACAGAGAUGAGGAAGAUGAGGAGAGGAUGGAUUUGUUGUGGGAGGCCCAGGAAAUUGAAGCUUGCAUGAAUACUAAGAAGGAAAAGAAGGUGAAGAGGAAGAAGAAUAAGAAAAAGAAAAAGAAAUGUGGAAUAAAAUUAAAAGAAGAAGAAGAAUGGAUAUAUGAAGAGUAUUGUUAUACGCAAGCACUGAAGAUGAAUUUAGGGAUAGGAAGACAUAUGUCUAACGCUAUCAAAAGGUUUGGAUGGGUGAAGAAUGGGAGGAAGUACAAUUAAAG